AUGUACGGAAUUGAGUGUUUUGGCAUUAUUGAUGAUUGGAUAAGGUUUAGCUCAGUCAGUCCAAAUCAUCAAUCAAAUCAUCAAAUCAGUAUGAUGAACCUCACCAUCACCCACAUCGGCACCGCAACCGCCAUCCUCGACAUCAACGGCACAAAGCUCCUAACAGACCCCUUCUUCUCUCCGUCUGGCACAGAAUGGGAUCUCGGAAUCGCCGUGCUCAAGAACACAGACACCCCCGCCAUGAGUCUCGAAACUCUCCCGCCUAUCGACGCAGUCCUCCUCAGCCACGAAGAUCACCCCGAUAACCUCGAUGAACUGGGUCGGCGGCUGCUUGAUGGUCGACACGUUCUGACUACCAAGGAUGGGGAGAAGAAGUUAGCUCCCCGACCAGGCGUGCGUGGUAUUUCGCCGUGGGAGACUAUUACUCUGGCUGUUGAUGGGAAGGAGCUUAGAAUCACCGGUACGCCGUGUCAGCAUCUACCCGGAGGUGAAUGUACAGGCUUCAUCAUCGAGGCAGACGAAUUCGGCUUUUCGGGUGAUGGCCGUCCGAAUGUGAUUUACGUCUCUGGCGAUACGGUGUAUAUACCCGAGUUGGCAAAGAUUCCAGAAAAGUGGAAUGUGGUCGUGGCGAUUCUGAACUUUGGAAGUGCGCAUGCCCCGCUUCCUGAUGGGCCGUUGCAGAUUACGAUGGAUGGAAAGCAGGGGGCGCGGCUGUUUAGAGAGCUGGAUGCGGAUGUGCUUGUGCCGAUGCAUUUUGAGUCGUGGGGUCAUUUUACGCAGUUUGGAGGCGAGUUGAAGAUGGUUUUAGAAGGGGAGGGAUUGGGUGGGAAGAAUUACAACUACAAUCCGAAGAAUGUUCAAACCAACUAG